AUGAGCCUGGUGCGGCAGAGCUUCCACGAGGAGUGCGAGGACGCGCUCAACAAGCAAAUCAAUCUGGAGCUAUACGCCAGUUAUGUCUAUCUGUCCAUGGCGUACUACUUUGACAGAAGUGAUGUCGCGUUGCCGGGUCUGUAUAAGUAUUUCAAGAAGGCGUCAGACGAGGAACGCGAACAUGCCAUGAAAUUUCUGACAUAUCAGAACAAACGAGGUGGCGACGUCGUGCUGACGGACAUCCAGGCGCCGUCCAGGAGGAACUGGAACAGCGCGAAAGAUGCUAUGAUGGAGGCUCUACAGCUAGAGAAGAGAGUAAAUCAGAAGUUGCUCGAGCUUCACGGGAUCGCUUCGACACACAACGAUGCGAAUUUUAUGGAUUUUCUAGAGACUGAAUACCUGCAGGAGCAGGUGGACGCGAUAAAGGAGAUCGCCGAUCACGUGACGAAUCUGGAGAGAGUCGGGGAAGGCCUCGGUGUUUUCAUCUAUGAUAAAGAGUUAAAAGAUUAAGACAACAAAUAAUAUCAUAUCUAAAAUAUUUGCCAAAAUAAUUAAAUGAAUAAAAUAACGAACAUUUAAGUGUAGGGGAUUUUAGAUAUCCCUACAAAAUGUUAACAGAGAAUGUCAGCAGAUUUGAUCAGAAAAUCUCAGCAGACAUCACCUGCAAUUGCAUUUUCCUUCCGUUUUGUCGAACAGAAUUAAUUACCUGCACAGAACAUCUAUUGGAGACAUCCAGACUUGAUUUCAAUCUGAUGAAAAUUCUGUUUGAUUUCUGCCACCAGUUUGCUCGCAUAAAAUAACAACAGGUCUUAUCAAAUUUUCAUAACAGCAAUUUGUAGACAUUAUUAGAUAUUACAGAUUUUAUAAAAUUUAUUAUUGCCUUUCUGGUACCAGAAUGUAUAACGAACUCUGCUCAAAAUUUAUCUGUUCAGAUUUGGCUGACAUGAGUAAAUUAUAUCGCGAGAAUGCAACGUUGAUUCGCAUAUAUAAUAAAUUCGAUAUUAAUAAAAAUAUUUAUAUUGAGAGAGAAAAACAUCUAGAUAUGCUGUAUAUGAAUAGAUAGGCGAGGAAAUGUUUCAUGCGUAUAUUAUUGUUCGUAUUUGCAGUUUUGCACUCCGAUUGCAGAGGAAGAGAUAUAUAGAGUUGAUAUUAAGGAGUUUUCCAACAAGGAAUACAAGUGACAUAAAGUGGCACAGUGUUCAAUAUAAUGCUAUUCAAUAAUAAUACAAUACGGUACAAAUAUAUAUACAUAACUAAAAAGCUGGAAUUGUUUAUCAUGCAUGGUAAAUGUGCAUGGCUAUUAACUAUUUAGAACAAAUAAAAAAUUUCAAUGUGCUGUAAAAAAAUUUGACAGCCUUUAAACAACA